UGAUAUAUUUUCAUGAGAUAUCAUUUAUCAGCGUUUUAAAGGUUAAAAAGAUUAACACAGUCUUUUACCAUAUUUAUAAAAUAAAUUAAAUGAUUUGCAAUUAAAAAAGUGUCAUGAAACUCAUUAUAAUUAGCGUUUUAUUAUUUUCUAUCAAAACUGUUUUAACCGAUUCAACUUAUAAAGCAGCAAUAAUAGAAUAUCAUCCAAUCCAACACAACAAUUCGAUAACCUACAAAGAAUUAUGCAAGAAAAACGUUGAGAAUUACAUUAAUCUCAUUAAAAAAGCCCCCCAAUUAGACAUUGCAGUGUUUCCAGAAGCUACAAUAACAACUUUAACCGCAUUUAAUCAUCGCCAAGUUCUCAUAGACAUCGCAGUUGAGUUACCUAAGCUUAAUAAGCCUUCAAUAAAAGUAAAUCCAUGUUUAUCUAGUUUGAAAAAUGAUUUUCCAGAGUAUAUUAAAGACAUUUCAUGUGCAGCUAAAGAUUUAAAAACAUACAUCGUUAUAAAUACAGUGGAAAAGAUUGUUUGUGAGGAGGAUGAUGAAAGGGAGGUACAAAAAUGCACGGAAAAGUGGAAUUUGUACAACACAAACGUGAUUUUUGAUCGAAACGGAGAUGUGAUUAAGAAAUACAGGAAGUUUAAUUUGUUCCAUGAACCCCAAAAUUGCCGCCCAAAAAAUCCUGAGUAUGUUACGUUCACAACGGAUUUUGGAGUUACUUUUGGGACUUUUAUUUGUUUCGAUAUAUUGUUCGAAGAACCGGGUGAAGUUCUUGUUCGAAAGUUGGGGGUUAAACAUUUCGUUUAUCCCACAAUGUGGUUUGCAGAGGCCCCAUUUCUAACGGCACUUCAAAUGCAAGAUAUGUGGGCUUCGGGGAAUAACGUCACUUUAUUAGCUGCCAACGCGAAUGAUCCUAAAGUUGGUAGCGGUGGUUCUGGGAUUUACCAAGGGUUAAAAGGACCGAGAAGUUUUACCAUUGAAUCUAAUGGGUCUAAAUUAAUCGUUGAUGAUGUUUAUAAAAAUUUAAAUCAAGCUAAUUUAAUUAGAAAAGUGGAUGAAGAUGUCGAUGAGAUUGAUCGGAAAGGUUUGGAGAGGGAUGGAUUCCGAUUAAUCGCUAAUAAUUUGAAAUGUAACGUUAAAAAUUGAUGUGAAGUUAUCCAUAAAUCCCAGCUCAUAACUUUAAACAAUCACAAUUCCGUAACCACUACGUAACAAUUUUCACCCUGAUGGGCACCUUCCAAUUAAGCCAAAUUCUAUCACAUAAUAGAACACAGUUCUAAGAA